AUGAUUAAGGCUAUGUUUUGGAACGUCAGAGGAGUGGAUAAUGCUCUCACCAUUGCACGUUUGAGGAAGUUGAAGCGGAUGCAUCAGGUUUCUUUGUUAGCGAUGUGCGAACCAAAGGCGGGUCGCGAGCGGCUUGAUUUUAUUCGGAAUAGGCUGGGUUUUCGUCAUGCUAUCUCCAACGAUGAGAGUCGGAUUUGGGUGAUGUACGGGCAAGACUAUAGGUGUGAUUUGUUGGUCGCCUCACACCAGUUCUUGGCGUUGGAGGUUACACAUGCUAUUUUUCGUUGCUCUGUUGUAGCGGUCUUUGUCCAUGCGUCGUGUGCCUCUCUUGAUAGGGAGGCGCUGUGGCAACAGUUAGGAGAGGUGUGCCCUCAAGGGAUGCCGGCAAUUUUUUUAGGGGAUUUUAACGUCAUUGUCGGGGCGAAUGAAAAGAAAGGGGGUCGCCCAUUUCGUGCUAGGGAGUCGGAGCCUUUCCUGAGUUUCAUGGAGGGUGCUGAGUUAACAGAUUUAGGGUUCUCUGGGUCUCAGUUCACCUGGUGCAAUAAUCGUUGGGGCAGAGCCAUGGUUUGGAAAUGCCUGGACAGGGUACUCGUUAACCAGGAUUGGUUGAGUUUAGGGGUGAACACGACGGUGGCUCAUUUGAAUAGGGUUGCCUCUGAUCAUUCCCCCUUGUUAUUGUCUUGUUCUUUGGCCAUGGGUGGGGCGCCUAAGAGUUUUCGUUUCUUGGACGUUUGGAGGUCACAUGUGGAUUUUCAUAAUGUAGUUCGUCAAGCGUGGGAGGUGGAGUGUGAUGGGCGGCCCAUUCGGGUUCUACUCGCGAAGUUAAAGGCGGUCAAGCAGGCUUUGCGUACAUGGAAUAAGGAGACAUUUGACAACAUUUUUGACCGUGUCAAGGAAGAUGAGGCAACAGUGUUAGCACUGGAACGCUCUUUGGAGGAGUGUCCCUCGGGGGCGGGUGAAUUCCAGCUCCUCUGGGCGCAAGGGGCGCUCAAGAUGUCCCUGUUACGGGAGGCCGCUUACUGGCGUCAGAAGGCACGGCUUCGGUGGCUUAGGGAAGGCGAUGCCAAUUCCAAAUUCUUCCAUGCGCAAGUAAAGCAGCGGAGGGCUCGGUCUUUCAUCCAUCGGAUGAAGGAUACAAAUGGGGUAUGGACGGAAGAGCCCUCCAGGAUUGAAGAGAUGGCGACCACUUUCUUUGCGGACAUUUUGUCACAACCAGGACAUGGGCCGAUGGAUCUUUCAAUGCUAGAGGUUAUACCUUCGGUUAUCACUGUGCAAGAUAACAUGGAGCUCCAGCAGUUUCCGACGGAGGAGGAAGUCAAGGCUGUGGUUUUUCAACUAGAUGGUGGUAGUAGUCCGGGUUCGGAUGGUUUCACAGGAUCAUUCUUCACUUCAUGUUGGGAUAUUGUGAAGGGGGAGGUUUAUCGGGCUGUUUGUGAUUUUUUUGUAGGUGCGGAGCUGUCUUGGGGGUACACUGCUACGUGGUUGGCCCUGAUCCUUAAGACUCCUGGGCCGUCAUCCUUCUCAGACUUUCGCCCUAUCAGCUUGUGUAACUUUGUUAAUAAAAUUAUGUCUAAGCUGUUGGCGCGACGUUUGGAGCGUGAGUGGCUUUGUGAAGGGUCGCCAGAUAUCGGAUAA